AUGGCUGAUUCACUGAACAUGAACGGCUUGUCCCUCAACGAGUCUCGACAUGGACCUGGACCGAAUGGCAUUAAUGGUGGUCGCUCGGCCUAUAUCCCUCCCCACCUUCGAGGACGCCCUGAACCAACUGCAAUGAAACAGCCCGAUGGCCCUGUACCAAGUGCUGGUGGACCUGGUCUCGCCGGAAGCGCAUGGGGCAACAACUCUCAGCCCAACGAAGACUGGGCAAACACUCCUGAUUUCAAACCAGGUCCUGGUCGUCCGGCUCCAUCCGCCCAGAAUGGCUGGCCAGUUCCAGGCGCUCGACCAACCGCCCCUCCCAGUGGUCCUCCUCGAUUCGAUCAAAAUGCCUAUGGCAACCCACGAAGUGGUGGUGGUGCUUACGGUGGUGGCGCAGGUGGUGGUGGGUACGCCUCAAGAGGGGGUUCUGGAGACGGUCAAUGGCGAGAUGGUCAGCACGUUCCUGGCCCCGCCAAUCCCAGAGUCGAACGUGAGCUCUUCGGUGUGCCUAACGAUCCUACUAAGGCACACACUGGCAUCAACUUUUCCAACUACGAUGACAUUCCAGUCGAAGCCUCCGGUCACGAUGUUCCUGAAGCCGUUACCACUUUCACCAAUCCUCCUCUCGAUGACCACUUGAUCAGCAAUAUCAAGCUGGCACGAUACACAGUCCCCACUCCUGUACAGAAGUACUCCAUUCCCAUUGUUAUGGGCGGUCGAGAUUUGAUGGCCUGUGCUCAGACCGGCUCUGGCAAGACUGGUGGCUUUCUGUUUCCCAUCUUGUCCCAAGCCUUCCAAAACGGACCUUCCGCCAAUCCGGCAAAUUCCCAAGGUGGUGGCUUCAGACAACGAAAGGCCUUUCCAACAUCUCUUAUCCUGGCUCCAACUCGUGAGCUGGUCUCACAAAUCUACGAUGAAUCUCGCAAGUUCGCCUAUCGAUCAUGGGUUCGACCUUGUGUCGUCUACGGUGGUGCUGAGAUCGGAGGCCAGCUGAGACAGAUCGAGCGUGGUUGUGAUUUGCUCGUCGCAACACCUGGUCGUCUCGUCGACCUCAUAGAGCGAGGUCGAAUUUCGCUAGCUAACAUCAAGUACCUGGUCCUUGACGAGGCUGACCGAAUGUUGGACAUGGGUUUCGAGCCUCAGAUUCGCAGAAUUGUUGAAGGUGAAGACAUGCCAAAUGUUGACGGCCGACAAACUCUUAUGUUUUCUGCCACAUUUCCUCGAGACAUUCAGCUUCUCGCCAAAGACUUCUUGAAAGACUACGUCUUCUUGUCCGUUGGCAGAGUCGGUUCCACGUCGGAGAACAUCACUCAAAAGAUUGAAUAUGUCGAAGACCACGACAAGAGAUCUGUUCUGCUCGAUAUCCUACACACUCACUCCGGAGGUUUGACCCUGAUCUUUGUCGAGACCAAGCGUAUGGCAGAUACCCUAUCCGAUUUCUUGAUCACUCAAGGCUUCCCAGCCACUGCUAUUCAUGGUGAUCGAACUCAGCGAGAACGUGAGCGAGCUUUGGAGUUCUUCCGAAAUGGUCGAUGCCCAAUCAUGGUUGCUACUGCAGUCGCUGCGCGUGGUCUUGAUAUCCCCAACGUGACCCACGUUGUCAACUAUGAUCUCCCCACCGACAUUGACGACUAUGUCCACCGUAUUGGCCGAACUGGUCGUGCUGGAAAUACAGGUCUCUCAACUGCCUUCUUCAACCGAGGUAACCGAGGUAUCGUCCGAGAUCUCCUUGAGCUUCUCAAGGAAGCCAACCAAGAGGUUCCGGGCUUCUUGGAGAACAUCGCACGUGAGUCAUCUGGCUUCGGUGGCGGUCGGGGCGGUCGUGGUGGUGGAGGUCGAGGUCGUGGUGGCAAUGCUACUCGAGAUAUGCGACGAAUGGGACCUCCAUUGGGUGGUGGCGCUCCAUCUUGGGGUAGCGGCGGCGGUGGUGGUGGCUUCAGCAGUGGUGGCAGCAACUUUAGUGGUGGCUACGGCGGUGCUAGUUCAGGAGGUUAUGGCGGCGGUCACUCAGGUGGCUAUGGAGGUGGUGGCUACGGCAACCCAGGUGGUGCUAGUGGCCCAUCUUCAUGGUGGUAA